AAGCCUACAAAACAUCAAACUCGUUCAUCGUCCAUCCGUGUAGAGCAACUUCUGGAACUUUUGUGAGAGUGGGCUUCGAAAUCACGGGUUCAUGAAAGAGCACGGUCCGACGGCCAUCUACACAUGUGUAGUUUCAUACGACACUUCAACCACGGCGAUUGUUGAAGUAUUGAAAGGUUUAAGAGAUCGGUCGGAUGAAAACAAGAUCAGGUACAGAAUCAUGAAAUCUUUAAAAACCAAGCUUGAGUGAUGAACUCAAAAGAUGAGUAAGGAACAACAUGAACAGUCUCUAACGGUCGGGUUUACGAAUCCAGGAAGGAGAAGUGUAAAUUGAAAUCUGAAAAAGAAAUCGAAUGAAACGAUCAAUCAAACAUCAUAAACUACAACAGACAUCCAGGUUAAAGAGUAAACCAUUUAAAGCAAGCAACCUACAACCUACAUCUGAAUGAAGUGAACCAUCUCAAACAAACAAACUCACUUUACUAUUUUCUACUUACAAAUCAUACAUACAUCUUCUAUCUCAUUGAAGUUAGUACAUAUAUUAUUUGUUCAAGAUGAAUGAAGAGAAUCAGUUGAAACAUCAAAAGUUACCAUUUUUAUCCAGUUUAAAACAUCCAGCUCAAUCUGCUACCUUACCACCUAAACCAUCCGAAUUAAAUCAAGCUCAAUCUGAAAUUUAUCAAAAUGUAUUAAAUCAUUUAUCAACGCCAAAUUAUCAGCUACCCAUCACCCUUAAUCAACUUCGACAAAAAGAUACUCAAUCUCUCUUACCUCUUUCUGAUAUCGAAAGAUGUUAUUGUUCUCGUGAAUUCAUCUUACGAACCUGUAGAGCUACUAGAUGGAAUCAAACAGCUUGCAUUAAUCGAAUCGAAGAAACUUUGGUUUGGAGAAGAGAAUAUGGUGUAGAUGAGUUGGAUAUAGACAUGAUCUCUAAAGAGGAUCACGAAACAUAUUUUCCAUUACUCAUAGAGCUCGCUGCUCAAAGACGCAAACAAAUGCUGGCUCGCUAUCAUCGGCUUGGUCCAAAUUCGAUUGGUUUAUCAGAGUAUGAGUUAAGAGGGGGUAAGACUGAAACCUCGGUAGAAGAUGAUGAUACUUCCACUUCAAGUCCAGAAAUAGAAACAGCCGAACCAAUUUUACGUCGACCGAGGUUUAGACAUCAUGCUGAGACUGAUGCUGCAGAUUCAGUUCAUUCUGAUAGACCUCCAUCUGGUAGUCAGAAAAGUGGUAUUGAAGGAACUGAACCAACUUCUAAUGAUUACGAAUUGCCAUCCAUCCAAGAAAGCUCAACUGCACCUGAACCAACAUCAUCAACCUCACCAACAUCGCCAAACCUCAAGCCUGCAACCAAAUCAGUUUCACAUGCCCAACCGAGUACAGAACCAAUCAUAGAGGCCCCCAUUCCAACCAAUAGACCAGAUAGUCAAGCCAUAGAAUUAAAAAGUAACGAAGAAUCAGAAACACCAUCUAAAGCGAAUUCAUCCAAGUUUUCACAAAAGAUAGGAUUUAUGAAAAACUCAUUAGCAUUUCAUUUUAAACAACAUCAAGAAGAAGAAAAAGAAAAGAAACGAACCAAAAAAGAAAACAAAGCGAUUGCUAAUGGGUUACAAGUGAAAGCUGAUGAACUUGGUAGACCGUUGACUGAUCAAGUCGGUGCUAGUCGUAGGUUAUCUAGAAUCUUGGCUAAGUGAAGCGCUUUUUCUGGGUAUCUUUUUAAAUUCCGAUGAUGAAUGACGUUUUUUUUACAAUUAAUUCGUAUGAUUUUUUGUAAUCCUUUGGUUUUCUUUUGGUCAGAAUUCAUUUAUAUCUUUUAUGAAUGCCUUUUUUUCUUUCUUCGAGGUCUUGUUUAGCUUAUACUUUUUUUUGCAAAGGUUUGUUUACUUUAAUGAUCAUGACGAUUUGAGUUUUUUUUGUUUUUGUAAAUAAUGUUUGAUGGACAUGGUUUUUGUUGGUAUAAUGUGUAGGAAAUUGCAAAUUAUUGACUUUCUCAAAUACUCCCAUC